AUGGCACGGGUGCCCUUCAUCGGUCGGCUCUUUUGGAGGGAGUACCUGGCCCUGUUCGGGUCGCUGAUCCUCGUGGCCCUUGAGGUCCUUGUUCGAAUCAUUACCCUUGGGCUUCCUCAACCCAUCAUUCGAUUCUGCUACAACACGUCCAAGAACUUGUUUAACCGACUGUCUUCUCAAAAGUCUCGACACGCUCGCUCUCAACGAAAGCACACCUACAGUUCGAUCGCAACCUGCGCCGACUUCACCGAACUCUGCGGCUUCUUUGGAUACUAUGCCGAGGAACAUGUUGUGCAGACAGGAGAUGGAUACCUGCUGGGUGUCCACCGACUCCCCUUCCGCAAGGGGGAGGAGCACAGUGGAAUACAGGUCAACGCAGGAGCCGACUCGAUCAGGAAACCCGUGGUCUACCUUCAUCAUGGCCUGCUCAUGAACAGCGAGGUCUGGGUUUGCCUCACCGAAGAGGAACGAUGCCUUCCAUUCACGUUGGUACAGCAGGGCUACGAUGUUUGGCUGGGCAACAAUCGAGGCAACAAAUACAGCAAGAAAUCCACGAAACAUUCGCCCGUAUCCGCACGGUUUUGGAACUUCUCCAUGGAUGAGUUUGCCUUCCACGACAUUCCCAACACAAUCGACUAUAUCCUCAGCACGACUUCGCAGCCGUCACUCUCGUAUAUUGGGUUCAGUCAAGGCACCGCACAGGCCUUUGCGACGCUUUCCAUCCACCCCCAAUUGAAUGAAAAGGUCAACCUCUUCAUCGCCCUGGCCCCCGCCAUGUCCCCAGCCGGUCUCAGUAACGGCAUCGUGGAUGCACUGGUCAAGACCAACCCUCACCUUUUGUUCCUUGCGUUUGGUCGCAAGUCAAUCCUCUCCUCGGCCACCAUGUGGCAAUCGAUCCUCUACCCACCCAUCUUCGUCCGCCUCAUCGACAUGUCGCUAUCCUUUCUCUUCGCCUGGUACGGCCGCAAUAUAAGCGUGCAGCAAAAGCUCGCUGCAUAUCCUCAUCUCUACAGUUUCACCAGCACAAAAUCGGUCGUGCAUUGGUUCCAGAUCAUCCGUAAUAAGUCCUUCCAGAUGUAUGAUGACGACAGCUCCAACAGGUUUAGCAUUGGUGCCAGCAAUCGAUAUUACAAAGUCGCCAAGUUCCCGACGAGAAACAUCAAGACGCCCAUUGUUUUGGUCUACGGGGGAAGUGACUCCUUGGUCGAUAUCCGCGUUAUGCUUAGGGAGUUGCCCCGUCACACCAUCGCGACAGAAAUUCCUCACUUCGAACACCUCGAUUUCCUCUGGGCGCAGGAAGUGCAUACACUAGUCUUCCCGCAUGUGCUCGAAGCCCUCAGCUACUAUGCCCAAGGCGGCACAACAAAUGGCGUCCCCAAGGCUCUUGCUCUCUCCAUGGCUGAUACCGCACAACUGCACCGACGGCAGAAUAGUAGUAGCAGCGCCUUGAACUGGUCCGAAGAUGACUCUGCUGGGGGAUAUUCGGACUUUGAUGGCGCCGUCGAUUCACCUCGCACGCCAAGGGUCAAGAGUUAUGCUCAGGUGCAAAGAGAGAGGCAAUACCUGCACCCGUCGCCUGGCCACAGCCAUUCACCUUCUCAUUCGCCCUUGCAAUAUCAAUACGCCUCCCCUACUCCGAAUAGACCCGUGCAGGGAAGCUCGAUGACAUGGAUGGAACACUACUACAAAUUCCCCAAGAGGGAAUCACAGGCAACAGCCGAGGGGAUUGGGACGAGUAGUGGUCUUAGGAAUCACACGGAAGCUGAUGCAGAUUCGCAGGGAAAGCAGCAAGAGCCCGAAGGCCAACAAGGAGAAGAAGGACAACGGCAAGUGCAUGACCAAAGUCCCCUAGGUACGCCACAACGCGUGCCAGAUGACGCUUCCCAAAACUCCGAAUUUGGAGCGGCGCUUUCAACUUCUCGGGCCCUUCCUCAUGACGGUGACUCCGCCAGCACUGUUUCAACAACACUCCGCAAUCGGAACGGCACGUUCAAUGCCCCUCCUGCAACUCCAGCGCAACAAGGGUUCGUUACCAUCGACGAAGACUACGCACGAGGCAAUACAAGCGCUGGUAGCAGCGGGAACGAGAAUAGACGACGUUCAGCCUCCGCUGCUGGAAGUGUGUCGAACACAAGCGGACGCACCACACCAGUAAGUCGACAUACGCCGCCGAGUUUCACGGCGACGGGCAUUCGUGUCGGCAGUGCGAGACCGAGUGUGGGUGCCGCGAUGCCCUGA